UGCUUGGAGACCACUGGCGGUUCAACACCCUAAAGUUUUUUUUUUUUGUUUUUUUAAUUUAUUUAGUAGUAUAGUUUCUUUUCAAACUUUAUUUGAACACCCAGUUCUAUAUUUGGAAAAGGAUUUGCAAAAAAAAAAAUUCCAAACAAAUUUCCUUGGGGAAGAAGGAUCUGAAAUUCUAUUUAUAUUUAAUAUAGAUUUCCAAAAAGUAAAGAGGAAACCUAUUCCUCUUGGGAAUUAAUGCGUUAUAAAUACUCCUACACUUAACAAAGAAGAAAUUCAAUCUCUUUUCUUAUUCUUUUCAAACUCAUCAACAAUGAAGAAACAAGCACAUGGUCACUUCCCAGAUGAUCGCAGCUGGGAACUUAUAUUCCAAAAACUUAGAGAUGACGAUGAGUGUGCCUUGGGUUCGAUAUCGUUGGUCUCGAAGCGGUUCCUGUCGAUAUCUAACCGGGCGAAGCUUAGCUUGAACGUAAACGACGGGACGCUCCCUCUACUCCCCAAUCUUCUUCGAAGAUUUCUACACAUCGGAACAAUAGUCGUCAACACUAAUGCACACAAGGACAUAGACGGACUCCUUGAUCAGAUUUCACGGUCUGGUGCAUUGAAUCUCCAAGCCAUAAAGUUUCGUUCGCGUUUGGCAAAACCUCCGCGAGAUGGUUUGAAGGCACUGGCGUUGAAUAAGAAUAUAAAGAACAAUCUGAAGGUAUUGGAUUGCUCUCGACUGAUCCUUAUGCAAGACAGCGAUUUGGUUUUGAUAGCGGAUCUUUUUCCACGGCUAGAGGAACUCAAGAUUAGGGCGUACAAGAAAAUAACCAAUGAUGAUGCUACGGCAGGUAUAACAGAUGAUGGUGUUGAUGCAGUGGCGUCGAAGCUUAAGGAUUUGAAGGAGUUUGUGUUUACAGGUAAUGCAUGUUUCAUUACUGAUCAAUCACUUAUUUCUCUAUCCACAAAUUGUGUGAAACUGAAGACAAUUAGUCUUGACAUAAGCAGGAGCGGUCGACAUUAUGUGACCGGGGGAGGAAUUGAUUUUGUGAUGCGGCAUAGCCCCAAUUUGACCUCUCUCUCGCUAAAUUUGUGGUCGUUACAACCUUCUGCAUCCUCUUUCAAGAUUGAAAAAGCAUACGCCAUUGCCAAAAAUCUGCAUUCUCUCACCAUGAGUCAACAACUCUUUUCGGAGAAACAUAUAUGUUUAGUCACGAAAGCAUGUCCUCCAUUAAAGAAGCUUAGGCUCUUUGGUUCCGGGGGUCAGUAUUUUGAAAUACAUGGUGCAUUAAAAUUGCUUUUGCAGGCAUGUCAAUUGACAUUGGAAGAGCUAACCCUAGGAAGUUGGUCCCUCACAAACACAGGUAUAAGCGAUUUGGCUCAGCAUCUCUCAAAUCUUACUUUCAUAGAUCUUCAUGAAUGUUCUGGGUUGACUAGUGCCACCUUUUACACCCUCAUGAAAAGUUGUCCUUUACUUGAAACACUUAAGAUGGCAGAUAUGAAAGGACAAGAGAAGGAUCUUUUCUUCCCGGACUUUUUAAAUAAAAACUACCAUAUGCGACACCUUGAUAUCUCCGGAAAUUGGCGGUUGACUAAUAUGAUGCUCAAGAACUUUGGGCAAGUUUGUCCGAAUCUACAAUUCCUCGAUGUAAGUAAUUGUAUGAGCCUCACCGAUUUCGGCAUUGGAAAAGUUUUGAGAGUAUGCCCUGCCAUAACACAACUGAAUAUGAAUCAUCUUAAGGUUUCAGGUGUUUUCGGGAGAUAUAUUUUUGACCUCUUUACCAUAAAUUUGAAGACUGUGAAAGCUCGUUGGUCACAAAUUGAUGACAAUGGAAUGACAAUGAUUGGAGAAAGAUGUCGAAAUCUCCAAUAUUUGGACAUCGGAUUCUGCGAAAAAGUGACAGAUAAAGGGGUAAUGGAGGUGGUUAGGAACUGUGAAAGACUGAGUUAUAUAACUCUAAUUGGGUGUAAAAAAGUGAGCACCGAUAUUUUACCUCAGAUGGUGUCGUCAAGGCCCUCCCUUAGGAAUGUUGAUCCUCCAGGUUUUUGUGAUCUCAGUGAACAGAUGAAAAAGAAACUCUUGUCCUUCGGCUGCCAGCUUAGCGCAUUCUUUGCCUUCCCGGUCUCUGAUGUUGUGUCAGCGGAGGUAGUGGAAGCCGUGGGGUUCAGGGGAGCAGUUGAAAGGGUAAAAGAGGAUGGGGGAAUGCGAUAUGUGGUGGAAGGAGAAGCAAAGAAUGUUGUUCAGAUGCUUCAAGGGGUGAAAACUUCAAGUGCCAGUUUGGCGAAACGAGGAGGACAUGGUUACUUCCCAGAUGAUUGCUGGGAACUUAUAUUCCAAAAACUUAGAGAAGAUGAUGAGCGUCACUUGGGUUCUAUAUCUUUGGUCUCAAAGCGGUUCCUUUCGAUAUCUAAUCGGAUGAAGCUUAGCUUGAAUGUAAACGACGAGACAAUCCCUCUACUCCCGAAUCUUCUUCGAAGAUUUCGACACAUCGAAACCAUAGUCAUCAAGACCCAUGCCCACAAGGAGAUAGAUGAACUUGCUUAUUAUCCGAUUGCACGGUCGAUCAUGGAUGGACUUGUUGAUUAUCCGAUUACACGGUCGAUCAUAGAUGGACUUGUUGAUGAUGAACUAGUUGAUGAUCAGAUUGCAUGGUCGGACGUAGAUGGACUUGUUGAUGAUGAACUUGUUGAUGAUCGGAUUGCACAGUCGGACAUAGAUGGUCUUGUUGAUGAUCAGAUUGCACGGUCGAACAUAGAUGGACUUGUUGAUGAUCAGAUUGCACAGUCGGACAUAGAUGGACUUGUUGAUGAUCAGAUUGCACGAUCGGACAUAGAUGGACUUGUUGAUGAUCAGAUUGCACGGUUGAACAUAGAUGGACUUGUUGAUGAUGAACUUGUUGACGAUCAGAUUGCACGGUCGGACAUAGAUGGACUUGUUGAUGACGAACUUGUUGAUGGUCAGAUUGCACAGUCGGACAUAGAUGGACUUGUUGAUAAUCAGAUUGCACAGUCAGACAUAGAUGAACUUGUUGAUGAUCAGAUUGCACGGUCCGGAUUAUUGAACCUACGAGCAAUAAAGUUUUGGUGUUCGACAGUACCUCCGCGAGAUGGUUUUAGAGCACUGGCGUUGCAUAGGAAUAUAAAGAACAAUCUGAAGGUAUUGGAUUGCUCAGGACUAACCUCAAUGCAAGACAGCGAUUUGGUUUUGAUCGCCGAUUGUUUCCCACGGCUAGAGGAACUCAAGAUUAGUGCGGAUUCCGAUAUGGUCAAUGGGGAGGUUGCAGCACGUAUAACAGAUGAUGGUAUUGAGGCACUGGCAUCAAAGCUUAAGGAAUUGAAGAAGAUUGUGGUUAAAGGUGAAGGUUGUUUCAUUACUGACAAAUCGCUCAUUUCUCUAUCCACAAAUUGUGCGAAAUUGAGGAGACUUAGUCUUGGCAUAAAUCUGCAUUCUCUCACGAGUCAAAAACUUAUUUCUGACAAGCGUAUUAUUUGUCUAGUCGCAAAAGCACAUCCUCCAUUAAAGAAGGUCAAGUUGGUUGGUUUGGGGGGCCAGUAUCCUAAAACUCAUGGGGCAGUAAAAUUGUUUUUCCAGACAUGUCAGUCGACACUGAAAGAGCUAACCCUAAGAGGGUGGCCCCUCACACAUAUAAGUGAUUUCGCUCGGUAUCUCUCUAAUCUAACUUCUAUAGAUCUUGAUGGAUGUUUUGGGUUGACUGGUGACACCUUUUACAUUCUCAUGAAAAGUUGUCCUUUAGUUGAAAUACUUACGAUGGCACAUACCGCAAGACAAGAGAUGGAUACUUUUUCUGAGAAUUACUUACAUAAAAAUUACAGUAUGCGACACCUCAAUAUCUCCAAGAAUAUGUGGUUGACUGAUACGACGCUCGAGAACUUUGGGCAAGUUUGCCCGAAUCUACAAUUUCUCUCCGUAAAUGGUUGUCCGCGCCUCACCAAUCUUGGCAUUGGAGAAGUUUUGAAGAGAUGCCCUGCAAUAACACAAUUGAAUAUUGAUGGUCUUACUCAAGUUUCAGAUGUUUUGGGGAGAUAUUCUGACAACUCUGUAGUGAAUUUGAAGACUUUGAAUGCUCGUGGGACACGCAUUAACGAUGAAGGACUGGCAAUGAUUGGAAAUAGGUGUCGAAAUCUCCAAUAUUUGGAUAUUGGAUUAUGCAAUGAAGUGACAGAUAAAGGGGUGAUGGAGGUGGUGACGAACUGUCAAAGACUGAGGGAUAUAAAUCUAAUUGGGUGUGAAAAAUUGAGCACCUACUCCUAUAUUUUACCUCAUGGUGUUUUCAAUGCCCCUCACUUGGGAACAUCUAACCACCAAGUUGGGCGACCUCUCCACUCCGGGCAGCCUUUUCUUUCUCCGCCAAUUAAUUUUGUGUUUGGUGAAAUUUUAACAUGGUCAGAGGCAGCAAACAUCUUUGUUCACGAGCCUAUCGAUAUCUCCCUCACGAAAAGUUGUCCUGUACUUGAAAUUCUUAAGAUGACACAUACAGGAGAAAAAGAGAUGGAUCUUUCUUUAUUGGAUAAUUUACAUAAAAACUACCACGUGCGACACCUUGAUAACUUUGGAAAUAUGGGGUUGGCUAAUAUGACACUCAACAACUUUGGGCAAGUUUGUCCGAACCUACAAUUCCUCGAUGUAAGUGGUUGUAUGCGCCUCACCAAUUUAAACAUUGGAAAAGUUUUGAGGAGAUGCCCUGCCAUAACACAACUGAACAUCCGCGGUCUUAAUAUUUCAGAUGUUUUUGGUAGCUAUUCGGACCACUGUGUAGUGAAUUUGAAGACUUUGGGAGCUCAAGAGACAUGCACAAAUUGA